AUGGAAUCAUCACCUGAGAUAAUCCCCAAAAGCGGGGAAUGGCCCGUUGACCCCCAAGACGAUAUCUCAAUAUCGGAGAGGCGUGUUUGGGUGGACGGGUGCUUUGACUUUAGCCAUCAUGGACACGCAGGAGCUAUGCUUCAGGCGCGUAGAUUAGGAGACGAACUCCUAGUUGGCGUACAUUCUGACGAGGCAAUCCUGGAGAACAAAGGGCCCACAGUCAUGACCUUGGAAGAGCGAAUUGCUGCGGUAGAAGCCUGUCGCUGGGCAACGAAAUGUGUUCCUCAUGCUCCUUAUGUAACGACUCUGCCCUGGGUCUCACAUUAUGGCUGCAAAUACGUUGUUCAUGGUGAUGAUAUUACCUCGGAUAGUAAUGGGGACGACUGCUAUCGGUUUGUCAAGGCUGCUGGUCGCUUCAAAGUGGUCAAGAGAACCCCCGGUAUUUCCACUACGGACCUCGUUGGCCGUAUGCUUCUUUGUACGAAGGGCCACUUUAUCAAGAGUGUUAGAGGUACGCUUUCUGGGACGGAAGGCCCAGGGAACGACGAAGAGCGCCUGAAAUAUGCUUCGUACCUUCAAGACAGACUCAAGGAUUACGCCACUGAUCAGACGGGUCUGCAACCCGGCCCUCAAGUUUGGGUUUGGGAAGGCUCUAAUACAGCAAAGCUCGAGGGUAUGAUUGACGAGUCCGGGAAUUUUGAUAACCUUGUCAGUGGAAAAUUGCCGAGACAAGGCCAGCGAAUUAUCUAUGUCGACGGAGGGUUUGAUCUUUUCUCCUCCGGUCAUAUUGAAUUCCUCCGCCAAGUUUUGGCGAUCGAGGAAUCUGAAGGCCGAAAACGUGGCUGGUACGGCCACGAACAAAAACAGCAAAGGCUAAAAGACCAUGGGGAAGACUAUGGACCGACUUAUGUUGUAGCUGGCGUCCAUGAUGAUGAUGUGAUAAACCACUGGAAAGGGUUGAAUUAUCCCAUCAUGAACAUCUUUGAAAGGGGUCUUUGUGUCCUUCAAUGCCGCUAUAUCCAUGCUGUCGUAUUCUCGGCCCCAUUUUCGCCAAGUCGGCGAUACUUGGAGGCAAUGCCGUUAGGCGUGCCGGACGUCGUUUACCACGGCCCUACCACAUUCAUCCCACUCACAUAUGAUCCCUACGCCGCCCCGAAGCGCAUGGGUAUAUUCCGUGAGACAACCGAACACGCGUUUCAACAUGUUAAUGCGGGCGAGAUUGUCGAACGGAUUCUCAAGAGCAGGGAGGCUUAUGAAGCAAGACAACGUGCUAAGUUACAAAAGGGUGUUGUUGAGGACCAAGUUAAGUCGAUGGAAGGUUAA